UAGCAUUCGAUUUCGACCAAGUGCUUGACUAAUGCAAAUUCAGCAAAUUGAAAAGUUAAUGCGUACGCUCGAUCGAAAUCAUUCUUCGUUAUCGGGACCAUUAUAUUACUCUUUCUAUUCUGUUUUUUUAAGUAGUGUCAUUAAUACGUCUAAUACGUUUCUUUGAAACACCAAUUUGAUGAUUUAAGAUGCCUCAGACAAGGUCGAAGACGCAGUCAUCUGAUAAGGAUGCUGCACAGCAGCUUAACAAGGCUGACUUCAAGUUAGCUAAACCUCGUCAGAGGCCUGCUAAGGGCGCUUCGCUGGAAGGAAAAAACUCUACUAUAAAGAAGCCCGAGAAAACGAAGAGGCCGGCUGAACGUUUGGUCGAAGCAAUUAAAAAAGAGGAAGAAGGCCAAACUUCUUUGCGAAGUACUACAUCUUGCGCGGGCGAUAUCGAAGAUUUAAGCGAUAGUCAGUACAAGGCCAAAAAAGCGCACUGGGAACCUUUGAGAUGGAUGGAACUGAUUGAUGGAGUUCGCGCUAUGCGCUCCAAGAAAGAUGCCCCGGUAGACACAAUGGGCUGUCAUAUGUGCGCCGAUCCUACGGCUUCACCAAAGGAGACACGCUUUCAGAUAUUAAUAUCACUGCUUCUUUCGGCGCAAACAAAGGACGAAGUAAAUUUUGCCGCGUGUUGUCGUCUACGAGAACAUGGGUUCACUCCGGCCAAAUUGAAGGACACACCUGAAGAGGAGAUUUCGAAGUUGAUCUUUCCCGUUGGAUUCUAUAAAACAAAGGCAAAGAAUAUUAAAGCGGUUUCUGCGAUUUGCUACGAGAAGUAUAAAUCGGACAUACCACACAGCAUAGAAGAUCUUUGCAAGCUACCGGGCAUAGGCCCAAAAAUGGCGUAUUUAGCAAUGAAUUGCGCAUGGAACGAGACCGUUGGUAUUGGCGUCGACACACACGUUCACCGCCUUGCGCAGAGAUGGAAAUGGCUUCCGAAAGGAACAACAAAAUCACCGGAGGAUACUCGUGUUCAGAUAGAGUCGUGGGUGCCGAGUUCGUUGUGGCAAGAAUUGAAUUGGCUCCUGGUGGGUUUCGGCCAGACUGUUUGUCUACCAGUUAAACCGAGGUGUUCAGAAUGCAACGUCAACCAUAUUUGUCCUAGCGCCUUCAAGGCUAAGUAGCAGGCAUUGGUAUAAGUGGAAUUAAACGAAUUCUUAAUAGUGCUAAAGGAAAGUUAAAUCGUACUCAAUCGCACUUAAUAUAAGGAAGUCUCGCAUUUCCUGCGUCCAUUGCUGUACGCCCCUGUUGUUUGUUUUAAACACCAAACUGCUGUUCCUAUAAAACCAGCAUCUGUUUAUUCCAUAAAAGGCGCGUCUACGGUAAUCUGAUGGUGAGAAAAGUAAGUCACAUUUCCUGCGUCCAUCCGGCAUACCGUGCAGGGAAAAGGUUUGUAUCAGACGUUCAGUCGAAACCUUGAUUAGGCUUGGUUUAGCAUGAAGCCUGCUUUAACAAAAGAUAUUGCUUCCGAAUCGAGUCGAAAGGCAACGGAGCUGUUACGUCUAUGCUUGUUUCAGAUGGCGAGUGGCAAGAACGGUAUAGACAAGAAAAGCCAUACUCAGCUGAAUCUUGAAAUGUAUUCAAUUGCCAGACGAUUAUAGUAAUACGUUCGGUUUACCUAUAAACUGUACUAUGAAAUCCAGUGAGCCUGUAGUACCUGUUAUGCUGUAAAAUCUCUAAUGAUUUUUUUAAAAUUUAAGUAUAAAUGUGGUUAUGUUGAUUACGCUUUGCGGCCCAAUGGUAUAAUGCUACAAGAGUGUGGAACAACGUAAAAAUGGCACAGCGAAAUAAACGAAUUGAAUUUAUAGAGAGCUUUCGUGCUG